AUGGGUAUCAUCAUGCAGCUAGCGGAACAAUAUCUCCCUCCCUUCUUAGCAAGGAAGGUUAAGCACGCGACCAGCGGUGCAGUUGCUUUGUUGCUGCCCCAGCAGCCGACUCCGAUCUGGGUGGUCGCGUUGGUGGCGGUGACAUGUGUGCUCGUCAUCGUCAACGAGAGCAGUGGAGAAAAGGUCCUGGACGAUCGGAGCCAAACGGCCCCUCCGCUUUAUGGUCGCGGUGCGGGCCCGAUGAUCCAGACUGGCUGGUGGACGCACCCUGACAUUGGCGUCUGUCUCUUUGCAACCUCCCUCGUGCUCUGCCUCCUCCUCCAACUCCCACUGACCGUGCUCGCCCCCAUGCUCUUCGCCGACCCCGCUGCCGCUAUAGCCGGUCGCUUCUACCAAACCCACUACAAUCGCCAGCCCGAGGAAACCUUCCGACAUCCAGACGCCACCAAGUCGUCCAAAACACAGAGCUCACCGUACACCGGAAACCCGCAAAACUACAUCCCUCCACUCAGGCAAUCCAGCUCCAAAUCAGUAAGUGACACUACCCUCACACUCUGCCGCCUUGCCCCGCAAACUUGUGUCUAG